AUUUACAAAUCCAAGAAACACAAAAAAAAAAACACAGAUCCCAUAAUAAUAAUAAUAUAUACAUUAAGGUUUUUAAGUUUUUCUCGAUCAAUGGCGGGCGAAGUUGUUCUUGUUGCAGAGGAGAAGAAAGUGGGAGGUAGUGUUGAAAUCAUUAGCACAACGAAUGUGAAGCCUAAGAAAUCGGAUAUCGGAAGAAAAGAGUGUCAGUUGGUCACGUUUGAUCUUCCUUACUUGGCCUUUUACUACAACCAGAAGCUUCUGAUCUACAAAGGUGGUCAUGAGAAUUUCGACGAGGUUGUUGAGAAAUUGAAAGAUGGGCUUGCUUUGGUUUUGGACGAAUUUUACCAGCUGGCUGGGAAGUUGGACAAGGAUGAAGAUGGGGUUUUUAAGGUGGUGUACGAUGAUGAUAUGGCCGGCGUUGAGGUGGCGGCGGCUUCGGCUGAGGAUGUGGAGGUGGCGGAGCUGACCGCGGAAGAGGGCACUUCUAAGUUUAAGGAGCUGUUGCCGUACAACGGCGUCUUGAAUUUGGAGGGGAUGCAGCGGCCGCUGCUGGCGGUGCAGCUUACUAAACUCAAGGAUGGGCUGGUGAUGGGUUGUACCUUCAACCACGCAAUACUUGAUGGUACCUCCACGUGGCACUUCAUGAGCUCGUGGGCUGAUAUUUGCAAGGGGGCCCACACGGUAGCGGUCCCACCCUUCCUCGAGCGCACCAAGGCGCGAAGCACCAGAGUGAAGCUCAACCUCACCCAGCCAUCCGACGCGCCGGAACAUGCCAACUCAGCGCAAACCAACGGCGGCGCAGCCAAAUCGGAGCCUCCUCUCCGGGAGAAGGUGUUCAAGUUCUCUGAAUCAGCCAUUGACCGGAUCAAGGCGAAGGUCAACGCCGGGAACCCGCCGAAACCCUACUCCACGUUCCAGUCGCUGUCGGCGCACGUGUGGCAGGCGGUCACGCGCGCACGCGACCUCGCACCCACGGACUACACCGUGUUCACGGUGUUCGCCGACUGCCGUAAGAGGGUGGAUCCGCCGAUGCCGGAGAGCUACUUCGGGAACCUGAUCCAGGCGAUCUUCACGGUGACCGGGGCGGGUCUGGUCCUGGGAAACCCGGUCGAAUUCGGGGCGGGGCUGAUCCAAACAGCGAUCGAAUCACACAACGCGGAGGCUAUCAACAAACGCAACGAUGAGUGGGAGAGCAAUCCGAUCAUCUUCCAGUACAAGGACGCCGGCGUGAACUGCGUGGCCGUGGGGAGCUCGCCGCGGUUCAAGGUCUACGAGGUGGAUUUCGGGUGGGGCGGGCCGGAAAGCGUUCGGAGCGGGCUGAAUAACCGGUUCGACGGAAUGGUGUACCUGUAUCCGGGGAAGAGUGGAGGGAGGAGCAUUGAUGUUGAGAUCAGUUUGGAAGGUAAGGCUAUGGAGAAGCUGGAGAAAGACGAUGAGUUCUUAAUGGAGAUUUAAACCCUAAUGAAGAUCGCCGGAGUUUAACCGCCGUUGAUUGUUUUUUUUUUUGUGUGUGUUUAUUGUCUUUUAAACAAGACUUGUGUUUGGCACUUUUUUCUUAUUUGAUUUUAAUUAUAAGAAUAAAAUGUAUUAAUGUAUUUGUAUUUUAUUUAGUCGGUUAAAUGUUCGAAUACUCUAUUUGAUAA